UUCACCCAAAGGCCAAAACGCAAACAUCCCCAUAAUCAAAUUUGAAAUCUAGGGGUUUUCCGUCGUCGUUGAUUUCCAUCUGAAUGAGAUACAUUUCUGAAGAGGUUUCCGUUUGAAUCGAAGAUGCCGCUUUUCGUAUCGGACGAAGAAUUCCGGCGGUGCUCGCACGAUGCGGCGAUUUUGACGGAGAAGGCGGACGAUUUCAUCCGUGGACUAUUCAAUCAAAUAGAGACGGUGAAGGCGGAGGCCGACGCCGCCUCCAUUACUCUCGAGCAGACGUGCGCUCUCAACGAACAGAAAUAUGUCUCCCUUUCCGCGGAGUACUCCUCCCUCCUGCUGCACAACUCCGAGAUAAAUGCUUUGCUUGAAAAGCGCGAUGCUGAAAUUGCGGAGCUUAAAGUCGAGAAGCAGCGAUUUCUCCUUCAGUCUAUUGAAAAAGAUGGGGAGCUAGAGAGGCUGAUGAGGGAAGCAUCAGAGCUUCAUCGAUCGAAGAGGCAACUGUUGGAGUUGGUGGAACAAAGGGACUUGGAAAUCAACGAGAGAAAUGCCACAAUAAAGAGUUAUCUUGAUAAAAUUCUUGAUUUGACUGAAAAUGCUGCAUCAAAAGAUGCACGGAUAAGAGACCUAGAAUCUGAAUUGGGGCGAUUUCAUGCAACAUCAGACCGUAUUUUACAGGAGAAGGAGCUUCUUGAGAGGCAUAAUUCAUGGCUUAAUGAGGAGCUGACGACUAAGGUUAAUAAUCUGAUCCAGGUUCGGAAAGAAUAUGGAGAAUGUGAAGCUGAUGUUUCUGGUAAACUUGCAGAUCUUGAGCUAAAAUUGAAGGAGAGUGCCAAUUCUUUGAAAUUUCACAAAGACAGAGUGAGGGAGUUGGAGGAGAAACUGGCAUCGGUAGAAAGAGAGUUGUUGUCAACUAAAGAUGCUGCUGCAGGCGCAGAGCAACGUUCCUUGGCUGAAAUUUCAACAGUAACCAAACUUGUUGACUUGUAUAAAGAAAGUUCGGAGGAAUGGUCCAAGAAGGCAGGAGAACUUGAGGGAGUCAUCAAGGCUCUUGAAACUCACUUAAAUCAAGUUGAAACUGAAUAUAAAGAUAAGCUUGACAAAGAAUUGUCUGCAAGGAAGGAAGUGGAAAAGGAAUCUACUGAUUUGAAAUAUCAGCUAGAAAGUUGCCAAACAGAAUUGGAGAAGUUAAAAAGAGGAAAUGAGCUGCAACACCUUCCUCUGAGUAGUUUUACAACUGGCUUAUUGACAAAUUCAGUUGAUACUGAUGAAAUGGUUUUGGAUGAUCGAGCAAUUAUUCCUAGCAUUCCUGCCGGAGUUUCUGGAACUGCAUUGGCAGCUUCACUUCUUAGGGAUGGAUGGAGUCUGGGGAAAAUAUAUGCCAAAUAUCAAGAGGCUGUUGACGCUCUACGGCAUGAACAGUUGGGGAGAAAGCAAUCCCAAGCUAUAUUGGAGCGUGUACUUUAUGAAAUAGAAGAAAAAGCUGGAAUAAUUAUGGAUGAAAGAGAUGAACAUGAAAGACUUGUCGAGGCCUACUCUGCUUUAGAUCAGAAACUGCAGCAGACACUAUCUGGACAUUCUACUCUGGAGAUUACCAUUCAGGAUCUCAAGGCUAAGUUAAAGAGGCAGGAGCGUGACUACGCGAUUGCUCAGAAGGAGAUCGUUGAGCUCCAGCAACAGGUGGCUGUACUGUUAAAAGAGUGUCGGGAUGUUCAGUUGCGUUGUGGAUCAGUUACCCCUUAUCAAGAUGAUGAGCUCAUUAGUGAUUUUUCUGUGCCAGCGGGUUCUGAAUCUAGAGCUGAGAACAUCAUAUUAGACCACCUGUUAACCUUCAAAGACAUCAAUGGAUUAGUUGAACAGAAUGUCCAGCUGCGCAGUCUUGUUCACAACUUAUCUGAUCAGAUUGCAGAUAAUGGAGCAGAGUUGAAGGAAAAAUAUGGGAAGGAGCUUCAGAUGCAUAUGGAAGAGACUGCGUCUAAAGUUAAUGUGGUAUUGUUAAGGGCAGAGGAACAGGAGAGCAUGAUUGAGUCACUUCAUACCUCUGUGGCCAUGUACAAGAAGCUGUAUGAAGAGGAGCAAAAACUCCGUGCUUAUCCUAUUCAUCUGCUUGAAACAGUUCCAGAGCGAGGGAGCAGGGAGAUUAUACCUAUAAAAGAAAGUAUCCAUGAGACAUCAAGAAAGCAUGAACAUACGUUAGAGCGUCUGAGAAGUCUGGAAGAAGAUUUGGCAAAGUCCAAGAAUGAUAUCAUAUCAUUGCGAUCUGAUCGUGAUAAAUUGCAAAUGGUAGCAACUUUUGCAGAAGAAAAACUUGCCAGGUUUCUGAAGGAGUUUGAGCAACAGAGGGAAGAGCAUAAUGGAAUUAGAGCGAGAAAUGUUGAGUUCUCUCAGAUAAUAGUUGACUACCAAAGGAAAUUCCGCGAAAGUGCUGACUCAUUGGAUGCUGCCAAUGAACUAUCUAGGAAGUUUACAAUGGAGGUAUCAAUUUUGAAGCAAGAAAAAGAAAUGCUUCAGAACUCUGAGAAAAGAGCUUCUGAUGAAGUUUGUAGUUUGAGUGAGAGGGUUCAUUGGCUUCAGGCUACUCUGGACACCAUGCAGAGUGCUGAGGAAGUGCGGGAGGAGGCUAGAGGUGUUGAGAGGAGAAAACAAGAAGAUUAUGUAAACAAAAUUGAGAGAGAAUGGGCCGAGGCAAAAAGAGAACUUCAGGAACAACGAGAUCUUGUUCGGAACCUUUCUCUUGAGCAUGAUAGUAGUUUAAAGGAUGCGCGAAAACAAGUUGAUGAGUUAAAUAAAGAAUUAGCUACUGCUGUGCGAUCCGUGGCAAAUGCUGAAUCUAGAGCAGCAAUUGCAGAGGCUCGUUAUUCUGAUCUGGGGAAGAUUGUGGAAUCUACAAGGACAAAGGAUUCCGAUGGUGUUGAUAGUCAACUAUCUUCUUCUUCUACUGAAAAGAUGUUGGAGAAAUUCCGGGAUGAAAUUCAGAAAUUAAGGGAGGAAGCUGAGGCAAGCAAAAAUCACAUGCUUCAGUACAAGAGUAUUGCUCAAGUCAAUGAAGAAGCCCUCAAACAAUUGGAGGUGGCCCAUGAGAAUUUUAGGAAAGAGGCUGAUGAAUUAAAGAGAUCUCUAGAGAAUGAGGUUCAUUUGCUCAGGGAGCAUGUUAGUGAACUUGAGAGUGAAUGUAAACUGAAAACUGAAGAGGCUAUUUCUGCAAAUUCUGGGAAAGAAGAGGCUCUUGCUGGUGCUUUGUUCGAGAUUGCCAGUAUGAAGGAUGACUAUUCUGUUAAAAUGUCACAGAUUGUGGUAAUGGAAUCCCAAAUCACUGCAUUGAAAGAAGAGUUGGAGUCAGAACAUAAGAAAUGGCGAACUGCUCAAGACAACUAUGAGAGACAGGUUAUUCUACAGUCAGAAACCAUUCAAGAGCUGACGAAAACUUCACAAGCCUUGGAUUCUGCACAAAAAGGGGCAUUUGAGCUCCGUAAAGUGGUGGAUGUGCUCAAAACAGAAAAUGCGGAGCUGAAGUCUAAGUGGGAGACGGAAAGGUUAGCUAUUGAAGUAUACAGGAAUGAAGCGGAUAAGACGUAUGCUGAAAUAAAUGAACUGAACAAGAUUUUGCACUGUCGACUUGAAGCCUUGCACAUUAAGUUGGCUGAGAAGGAGAAAGGAAUAGCUUCUGGAAGCAAUUCCAAGAACGUUGGAGAUGAUGAUGGGUUGCAAAAUGUUUUGAGCUAUCUCCGACGGUCAAAGGAAAUAGCUGAAACAGAAAUCUCAUUAUUGAAACAAGAAAAGCAUCGUUUGCAAUCUCAGUUAGAGAGCGCUUUGAAGUCAGCUGAGUCUGUACAGACAUUGCUUCAAACAGAACGUGAGAAAUCACGGGCAUCAUUGUAUACACAGGACGAAUUCCAAUCUCUUCAAUUACAGGUCAGAGAGCUAACUUUAUUGCGUGAAAGCAAUGUGCAACUCAGAGAGGAAAACCGGCAUAAUUUUGAAGAAUGCCAGAAACUUCGUGAAACAUUUCAGAAUGCUAAGAUUGCAAUUGAGAAUUUGGAGAAGCUUCUUAAAAACAGAGACAGAGAGCUGGAAGCGUACAGAAAAGAAAUUGAAAUCUUCAAGGCAGAAAAAACACAUCAUGAAAACAGAAUAGAUGAGUUGGUACAGAAGUGCAAGGAAAUUGAUGUCAAUGAAUAUAAUCAGUCGAAGGAAGCUUUCCAGCAGAUUCAAAUGAGUUUAGGGGAAAAGGAUAGUCAGUUGGAGGAGGUUAAGAAACAUUUAUCAGAAAAGCAGGAAACAGUAUCAAUUCUAGAGCGAGACCUAGCUAGAAGCAAAACUGAAGUGAGUGAACGAGAGAACAAGAUUAAUGAAGUGUCACAAACUGCAGCUUCUCUGAAAUCUGAAUCUGAUAAAUUUAAGCGGAUAAAUUAUCACUUUAAAAGGAAGGUUGAUAAUCUUGAAAAGGAGAAAGAAGAGAUGAGCAAAGAGGUCCAGUCUUUGUCCAAACAAUUAGAGGAAGCUAGACAGGCCUUGUCGAAACAACUGGAGGAGGCUAAACUUGUAAAACGAACCACUGUUGAUUCCGGAGGAGAAAAUAUGCUGAGGGAAAAGGCGAAAGAUACCAGGAUUCAAACACUAGAAAGAAUACUGGAGAAGCAAAGAGAUGAACAGAAGAAAGAAAAAGAAGACCAUCUUAAAGAAAAAGAUCAUCUUAAAGAAAAAGAAAAAUUUCAAAACAUCCGGAAAAUAAUAUCUGACUCUCGUGGGAAUGUCAAUCAAGAAAAGACGAAACUCUUAGAUGAUCUUACAAAGCAUAAAUUAGCUUUGAAAGCUCUUCAAGAUGAAGUGGAAAAAAUAAAGAACCCCGGAAGCAGUCAAUCAGAGAAUGCGUCCGGGGUCCAACAUUUCUCUAGUAAUAUAUUGGAUGAUUUUGCUUCCGCCUAUUUCCAGGCUGUAGAUAAUUUUGAACAAUUAGCACAGUCUGCUUGUACUGGUCCUGAUUCUACCACGACCGAUGCUCCACCUCUUGAUAAUGCAACAUCUGGUGCAGUUCCCCCUGGUCAAGCUGUACCAUCACUCCAAACCCCUGAACCUCCGGCUGCCAGUGUUCCUGCAGCUAGAGCUGACGUGAAAGAGAGAAGACCUGCUUUGACAAAGGCAACCCUGAAAAUGGGAAGGAAGCUGGUGCGUCCUAAUAUUACAAAGCCCAAAGAUCCUCAAGGGGAUGUGGAGAUGACAGAAGGAGACGAAUCUAAUACUGGAUUACCAUCCCAUAGUACAGAAAGUCAAGGAACUGAAACUGCUCCCACAACAGCAUCUGCACGUAAACGCAUGCAAGAGGAGAUGCUCACUUCAGAAGAAACUGCCUCUGAUGUCCCAGCACCUUUACCUAAAAAGCCAAAAGCUCCAGAUAGCCUACAGGUGGCAAGUGAUGAACUAGUUGCUGCUCCUACAAAGCUUCCUGAAGCUGUUAUCUCUGUAGAAUCAUCAGAUGAUAUGGGAAACCUUCAGCAAAGUGAGGAAGUUGUUGAGAAGGAUGAGCUUGACACUGGAGGAGAUCAAACUGAUGAGCCAUUAGCAGAUGAAGAGUUCAGUGAAACAGUCGAUGCCACAGAUGAAGACUUGGAGAAACCAACUGACAGUAUAAUAUCUGAUGAUCAACUGAGAGAUCAAACCGAACAAGAUAUUCAGCGCAUAGUUGUAGAGUCAGGUGGUGAGAAAGAAGAGGGGGAGCAGCUGGUUAGAGAUUUUACUGACAAUGAUGGUGAUAGCAGUGCAAUUAAUGAGACAGGAGGGCCAGGAAAUGAAGAAUUUCAAGGCGAACAAUCAACUGAUCCUGAGAAAUCACCUAGUAUUGAACCAUUGGGCAUGGAAGAUGAGGAGAUUAAUCCAUCCCAGACACUUGAGGAAGAGAAGAUAGGUGACUUAAAUGAGACCAUAGCUGAAACUGACAGUUCUGAUAAGCUUAACCAUGGUGCAGAUUCUUCCGCAGAAACCAACAGGGCACCUGGUUCGUCCAAUCCUCCAUCUGAGGAAGCUUCAACUAGCACUACUGUUUCUACUGUUGAUGCUGGAUCUUCCGAUCAAGCUGGAUCGACUCCCCCACAGGACACAGGUGGAACACCCGUGUCGCCUUUGAACAGUGGUUCAACAACCAUUAAUCUACAGGAGAGAGCAAAACAGCGAGCACAAAUGAGACAGGCUGGCAUGGGAGGGGUUACUUCUUCACCAGCCAGAGGUCGUGGCCGAACAAUCCGUGGCCGUAGUGUAAGAGGUGGCCGCACUGGACGUGGGCGGCAAUCACCCGGUUAAGGAUGCUUUUCAUGUAUAUAGGAUGGUGCCGUUUCAUAUGAUAUCUGCUAGUAUCUGAGCAGCUAGUAAUUCACAUUUUUCCAACUGUUGAUAGUUUUACUGAUAUCGACUGAUGUGUUUUGACAAUUUCCUGGAGAUUCGCUUAAUGAUUUAUAUAAAAAUGACUUCUUAUUUGUUCUA